ACCGACCUAACAAAAUACGACGCGCCCUAAGUAAACAUUGAAAUAAACCGUGUCGUUGAUAAUCAAACAAGGUACGAAUGUUUUUGCAGUGGUUAGAAGAAAAUAUGUAAUCUAGCGUUCCAUUAGAUGAAUAACAUUUUGAAAUGGGCUUAGAAUAGCCAUGACAAUGUUUGCGCUUUUAUCCAGUUUCACGGUGCGUUCUCGAUGCCCAUAGCUAGCCUUGUUCCGAUUCGUUGAGCUUGUAUAUACACGGUACACAUUUACUUCUUUACAUUUUUUUUGGUUUAGGUGGCAUGUGAAUUCAGGCAAAUCUGAAUAGCCGGAAGGGACUAAAGGCUUUGUAUUCUUAACUGCUACAAAUACAUUUGAUGGUAAUCGAAACACAAUCAUAGGUCGCAAUCUUUCAGUUUCCUUCAAAUCGUAAGGACAUCGUUCAAAAGACAACUAUUCUCAAUUUAACAGUUUGUUCCCCUGUUGACAAAUGAGAUGAGAGUUUGCCCAGUUUUUAAGUAAGUCUCACAGCUAACCAGGAACAUGGAGGAAAAAGAAGGGACAAAUAUAUUUCAGGAACUAUUGAAAGACAAGUCCUUUAUAACAAAAGAGUAUUACAUUGAACCAGAACCAAAGGAAGAUAAACCUGAGGAUUUCAAUUAUGUUCUGGAAAAGGAUCGUGCCAGUAAAGUGGUGGUCGAGGAACCAGUUCGAGGCCUCGUGGAUGCACUACCAUCUAUAGAAAACACAGUGGUUGGGCUAUUCUUCUCUGCUGGCUGGUGUGCCCCUUGUCAUGAGUUUGUCCCAUUGAUCAGGGACCUCUAUGAAGAACUGCAAAUGAAACGGUGUCCUUUCCAAAUUGUGUUUAUCAGUUUUGACAAAUCUGAGGAAAAGAUGAAAGAGUAUUUCAUGGACUACCAUGGAGAAUGGUUAGCUCUUCCAUUUCAUGACAAGGCUCUCAGAGAAUCUUUUCGGACAACAUAUGAUGUCAAUUCCCUUCCCAAAUUAAUAGUGGUGAAAGACUCAGGGGAGAUAAUCACAAAAACAGGAAGGAAAGAAGUCCAAGACAGGGGCUUCAUUGGUUAUAGAAACUGGAGAGAAGCUGCAAAUUUAAAAGAGGGUGGGAAACUUCAUUCCAGCGCCAUCAUCAAAAGUAAUCGGACACUAGAUCCUAAAGACAGUGAUGCUUGAGGAACCUUGGCUUCCAUUGAUUUUGAUAUCAAUAAUGCUGGAGUAAUGCUGAAUUCCUCAUUGCUCUCUGUGUUGUGCUACAUACUAGUACCUGUGCAUGCUAGAAGUUCCCUGUUUGGUUAUUCGGUUGUCAAAUGAUGCAAAGUAACAGAUUUUAGAUUACUAUUUAGUUAUAGGGCUAACAGUUGUCUCAGGGCAAAAUUCAGGGUAUAUAUAUAGUUAUUGACUAUACAUGUGUCAGAAAAGUUAUUUGUACUUUUCUAAAAUAUUAAUGUGUAAUUCAUGCAGUGCAAUAAUCAGCUACCUGUAAUUAAAACAGAAUUUUUUUGUGACUUAACUAGUUGUUUUUAAAAAAAUCCACUUCCAUUUCGAUCCUGCUUACUGACUAUUUUAUUUACCAAUCCAUCUCUGUCAGAACUUCUUGCCAAAAUAAUCUUUUAAAAUAUACAAGGACACGAGAGCACUGUAGAAUGUGGAAUGUGAAAGGGGGAAGGGAGGAUAGGGGGUGUUGAUAUUGAAUACUGUUAUAGAAAAAAGUUAUCCGAUGUAUUAGUUGUUCUAUUUGUCUGAAACAGUUCUCCAUUGUGCUAUAUCACAAGAACUACUACGUUCACAUUUAUGAAUUUUGAAAUCUGAAAGACUUGAGCUUCCAUAGAAUAGCUAGUAUGUAUAUAGGCUUAUUCGGUACUUUUUAUAAUUAUAGAACUGCUGAGGAUAAUAAAAUUAUAUUUGCUAUCAAUGAUCAAUUCAUUUUCUAACCAAUAUACUCUCUAUUUUCAUAAGCUUAUUACAAUUAAUAUAUUUAAACAAUGGACAGGCAUUAUACUGAUUGAGAUGCCACAUCUUGUUUUAUAAAACCAAUUACACACAGAUUUUUAUGCCUAGCUUCUAUGCAAGUUUCAAGGAAAAUGUUUGUGUACAUUUAUGUUUGAGACAUUUUUUACAAAUUUGCCUGUUCUUCCAUAUUUGUAAAUGUUCAUACUAGUACAAGAUUAAAAUCUUGCCUAUUUUUUAUUUACAUGAUAGAUUGAGGUUAUAAUAAAAACAAAUCCCAAUAUUGUACAGGUGAUAUUACGUUGUACUCCAAUUUUAAGACUUGAAGAAAAAUUCAUACGAAGAUGCAAAUUUCUGAUUUUAUUGAUAUGUUCUGUCUACAACACAUAAAAAAUAUACAAUGAUAGCAUUAAAAGGGGUACUACAGAUUCUUGUGUUUGAUUCAAUACUGAUACUUAGGCUACAGAUGCCAAUGCUGAACCAAGGUUUAAUGCUACUAAAAUUAUGCUCUUCUCAGUUGGAAACAUUCAGGAUUUUUAUGGUGGAAAAAAAAAUCAAUACAUGUUGUAACUCAUUUGACAGCAAGCCACUUUGCAAAAUGUGUAUUAACAUAGAGCUUAAUAAGUAAACCAUAAAUGGAAGGCAAAGACCAUUGGACAAUUGUUGAGUGAGAUAGACACAUGUGGCCAAGUUGCAAUUCAACACGUACAUCAUGUUUACUGCAAGAUAUUCUGAAUUUUAUGAACACUGUAGGAAGACCAGAGGCCUGUUCAACAGCGCGAGUGCUCGCGAGCGCUCGCCAAAAUUCCCUAUACCCGCAACACAAAUUUUGGCGAGCGAUUGCGAGCGCUCGCUCUGUUGAACACACAUCAGGAACUUGGAUAUCAAUAAAGAUACUCGUUAAACAUGAAAAUUCUCAACAUAACUUCUAUCCAAGAAAAAAGGAAUUAUUUUUAACCAUCAUAAUUACAUACAUCUUUAAUGUAAUUACAAACAUACUAACAAAUCUUGAUAGUAGUCUGAAUAAAUAAUUGGAGGGGUGAUCGGUAACCACACAAAAAAAGUUAUCUUAGGUUUUAGAAUUUGCACAACCGGGCUAAAAUGGAAAAUGUUUUAUAUGCAUAGUGAUGCACCUAAAUACUUGAAGCACCAAAAUCAGCAAAACAAAACAAAUCAAUUUUGAAGCAAAACUUAAAAA